UUUCCUACAACAAACAUGGCCGCGAAGUCGGACGGCACGGCCGUGCCGCUACAGAACGACACCCCGCCCCUGUGCGCUCGCAGUCCCGGGCUGAGCUCGCCGCGCGGUCGCUACUCUCUGCUGGACUGCUGCUGGACGCUCGGCGCUCUCCUCGUGUUUUUCUCGGACGGGGCCUCCGACCUGUGGCUGGCCGCCGACUACUAUCUGCGGCACUACUACCGCUGGUUCGCGCUCACGCUCGUCUUCGUGGUCGUGCCGUCCGUGGUGGUGCAAGUGCUGAGCUUCCGCUGGUUCGCGUAUGACUUCUUGGAGUCGAGCAGCGCCGGGUCCGCCGCGGCCGCCGUGGUGGCUGCGUCCGGAGCGCAGAGGCGCUUCAGCACCGCGGAGAGCGGCGCCCGGACCCGCUGCUGCAGAGCCUGCGCCUGGCUCUUCCACAGCAUCGUGCACAUCCUCCAGCUAGCCCAGGUCUGGAGGUAUAUCCAUUCCCUGUAUUUGGGAGUGCAGAGCCGAUGGCGUGGGGACAGCGGACACAGACACUUUUACUGGCGCAUGAUGUUCGAGAGUGCGGAUAUCAGCAUGUUACGGCUGCUGGAGACCUUCCUGAAGAGCGCUCCUCAACUCGUCCUGCAGCUCAGCAUCAUGGUCCAGGCCAUGCAGGUCCUUCCUUUACAAGGCCUGUCUGCUUCUGCCUCGCUGGUGUCUCUUGCCUGGAUGAUGGCGUCCUACCAAAAAGCUCUGCGGGACUCCCGAGAUGACAAGCUUCCCAUGUCUUACAAAGCAGCAGUUGUGCAGAUGCUUUGGCACUUGUUCAUGGUUGGGGCACGGGCUAUGGCGUUUGCACUGUUUGCCUCAAUCUUUCAACUCUACUUUGGGAUCUUCAUCGUGGCCCAUUGGUGUGCCAUGACCUUUUGGAUCAUCCAAGGUGAAACAGACUUCUGCAUGUCAAAGUGGGAGGAGAUCAUUUACAACAUGAUGGUGGGCAUCGUGUAUGUGUUCUGCUGGUUCAGUGUGCGAGAGGGACCCACACGUUGCCGCCUGCUUCUCUACAGCUUCAUAGUACUGGCCGAAAACGUGGCCCUCACUUCCGCAUGGUACUUGUACCGUGGCCCACGCAUCUCUGACUUCUAUGCUGUAGUGGUGGUAUGCGUUGUGGCCUGUAGCUACGCCCUGGGUACCUUCUUCAUGUUUGUGUACUACUGCCUGCUGCACCCAGAUGGGCCUGUGACAGUUGCCCAUCUGGGAUGUGGAACAAUGGAGGCAGGUGCUGUGUCAGAAGCCUGUCUUUCUACAGUGACCUCUGCUCCUCCUCCAGAUGUGGUAAGCAGCCCACCCAGGACGUUGCAGAGGACUAAAGGAGGAGGGGAGCAGGAUGCAGUAGGUGAUGGGGCGGAUGUAUUUCAGGUGCGCCCUCCUGCUUGUUUAAGGACUUCUGCACCCCGCCCCACCCCAAAGACAGAAGGGCCGGUUAUUCGAAUCGACCUGCCCAGGAAACAGUACCCUGCCUGGGAUGCUCAUUUCAUUGACCGCAGGCUCCGCAAGACCAUCUUGGUCCUUGAGGGUGCAGCACCAGGCACACCCAGGAUUCAGUACCGCUGUUUGGGCACACCAAAGGAGGUGAUGGAGUAUGAAACAACAGUGUGAAUGCACCACAUUCUCACAAGAGAGUCUACCUGCUCUCUUACUCAAAAUGCAGGAAGCUGUCAUCCAAUCAGCCUGCACUCAAAUCACCCUCCUGCUAAUGGCAGAGAGGGGGCGUACAAAGACAGAAGAGAUUACAGACAGUGCUAGUCAGGUCUCUGCACCAAAUGACCUCUUUUUUUCUUUAACUUCGGUAGAAUUAUGCAUUAAAAGCAGUGCGAUCUAAGUGGUAAAGGCUUCUUGUUAGCGACUGCCAGAGAGCCCCACUUUGUAUUUGGCAAGAGCCAAACAUUUAAGCAAGAUUUCUUUAUUGCCAAGCUGAAUGCACAAACUGUCUCUACCUAUAGUAGUAAGUCACUUUGGUUAAAAGCAUCUGCAAGAUCCAUAAUACUCCAGCUUUUUCGACCUAUUCUUUAUCUAACCUCUUAGUAACCAGGACAACUGUUCUAAAGCUUUGGUUUCCAAGUUACGUGAAACAUCACAGUUGUGAAAGAGUUUUUUUUUUCUGAGUUCUAUUUCAUACCCCUAGCCCUUAGGGAAAAAAACGUCCAACAAAAAACAGCUCAGUGGCUUGCACCUUAUAUAAAUUAUAAAUAAAACAGGACCAGCAGGGAGAUCAUUGCAUUACACUGACACUUUUCAUCACCCUCUGUAGGGCGUUAAAUGUAGUGCAUGACAUGUGAUAAUAAGCCAUAAAAUACUUUAAUGAGUAUAAUAAGUAUCAUUUGUUUUUAAAUUAAAGCCAUUGUUGGUUGUCAAGAUGUACCCAUUUCUCCUGGGACUAAAAACUCAUAUUGUUUAAACCUGAAGUGCCAAACAAUAGAUGUCUCUUUAGUUCAUUCUUCACAGUAACGAUUCUCCUUCAUUUAAAACCUAUAUCUAUUUUUCAUCAAAACUAAGCCUAACAGCAUUCUUAUUUUAUAACAGCAUCAUAUUUAGGUCUGACAGCUAAUGUUAGCAUUUUUUGGCUGUUAAAAUGUAUAUGUUUUUCAC